AUGGAUAAGAUCGCAUCGACACUCCUGGCAUUUCCGCCAGGAGCUAAUCUCAACUGCUUCGGCGAUAACGCGAGUUACAACGCGAAUGUCAAGACUCACGUUACCAAUCUCUCUAAGCUGCUUCAAGAUCGGAAUGCCGACAUGAUAAUCCACGGCCCUGAUCUUCUCGAGCUCCUUGACCCGGCAAUCAAUUCACUUUCCUAUCUAGCCGUCCUCCAUACUCUCGUCAUUCCUGGCGUAGCCGCUUCUGCACCCCGCGAUCUUAUCCUGGAGAAGUUGGUCUUGUUCCUUGUCACAUUUGAUGCACGGCAAUGUCGAUAUGCUAGAAGCCAUCUGCAUGACAUCUUUUUUGCUGCUGGGAACGGCCAAUACUUACCUCCUUCAGCCGCCGUCGAAGCACUCGCGACCGCUAUCUUGAGACUCGAUCCGACCGGCAGCCUACUCACAACCUCUCAUAUCCUCCUCGCGAAACUCGCCUACAACACCGACAACAUCGAACCUGCCCUGCCAGUCAUCGAUAAGAAUAUUGUAUUCUUUCCCGGCAUGGCCAAUUAUGGGGAGCCUAAAUACCUUUGUGACCUAACUCUCCCACCUCCGGUUUAUCUCUCACGAGAGACUGGACUUACAGGUGUUCUUAAGUCCUCUUUAGUACUGGAGUACGACUUACUUCGUGGCAUGAUGUACUGCUCCAGAAGAGAUUGGGCGAAAGCUUACGAUGCUUUUGAGCGAGUCGUAGCGUUUCCUACUCGUGAAGGAGGUACAAGCAAGAUCAUGGCUGAGGCAUAUAAGAAGUGGAUGCUGGUCAGCUUACUCUCCAAGGGAAAGCUCGUUGACCCCCCGCCGUAUACAGGGGCUGCAGCAAACAAGCUCUAUGGAAGCUUGGGCAAGCCCUACCAAGCGGUUGCGAUGCUGUUUGUGACCGACGACGUACAGGCACUGAAGACGGAAGUGGAGAAGAACAACCAGUUGUGGUCAGAAGAUGGAAAUACAGGACUAGUCCAAGAGGUCCUAGCAGCUUAUCAGAAGUGGCGGGUCCUAGGGCUGGAACGGAUCUAUUCUAAGAUCUCGCUCCCCGAAAUUCGACAGCAGACAACCAGUGCCGAAACGGGCAAGGUACUUGAGAAUGACGAAGACGUAGAGACACUCAUCCAGAACAUGAUAAUAUCUGGCAUGCUGAACGGUGUCGUCGAAAAGAACGACGAUGGUACCAAUUUCCUUACAUUCCUAUCUCCUUCCACACUACUUUCGGAAGAGGAUUUCGCGAGCGAACUUGCCAGCACGGCGCUGCGAUUGAAGCAGCUGCACUCAUUCUUCAAGUUAACUAGGGAGCGCUUAGGCACCAGCAAAGAGUAUAUUAAGCAUAUCAUCAAGGAAGAGAAGCGGGCCGAAAAGAACGAGCCUGACCCUACCCUUGGAUUCGAUGCCCAAGUUGACGAUGAAGACUUGAUGGGCGGCAUAGUUGCGACAGGCUAA